AUGGAAAAACGUCGUCCAUUUUACGUCCGCUGGCUCUCGGAACUCAAGGAUCGCUGCCAAAAUGGGCUUACUAUCGCCAAUGUUUACGAACAGAAUAUGAAAAUCACGGUAACCGGGGAUUUGAAAAUUUUUUCGCACCGUGCAUUUCAAACUUUGUAGUAUUUUUUGCGUUGCACAGUGCAGUCCAAAAUUUACACAAUUUUUUGCCUUGCACCGUGCAGUUCGAAAAUCAUAGUUCGUUUCUGCAUAGUGCGAUCCAAUUUUUACGCUAACAUAUUUAUUCUGCACCGUGCAGCUUAAUAUUUGCAGUAUUUUAAAUAUUGCACAGUGCAGUCCAAAGUUUGCAUUAUUUUUUGCCUUGCACAGUGCAGUCCAAAAAUCGUUUUUUUCCGCACAGUGCAAUCCAGUUUUUUGAGCGACAUUCAUUAUGCACCGUGCAGUGCUAAAUUUCCGUUAUUUUUUGUCUUGCACAGUGCAGUCAAAAAUUUACCCCAUUUUUUACCUUGCACCGUGCAGCCAAAAAUUUGCACUAUUUUUUGCCUUGCACAGUGCAGUCCAAAAUUUGCACUAUUUUUUGCCUUGCACCGUGCAGUCAAAAAUUUACCCCAUUUUUUACCUUGCACCGUGCAGCCAAAAAUUUGCACUAUUUUUUUCCUUGCACAGUGCAGUCCAAAAUUUGCACUAUUUUUUGCCUUGCACCGUGCAGUCCAAAAUUUGCACUAUUUUUUGUCUUGCACAGUGCAGUCUAAAAUUUACCCAAUUUUUUAUCUCGCACCGUGCAGCUAAAAAUUUGCACUACUUUUUGCCUUGCACCGUGCAGUCCAAAAUUUGCACUAUUUUUUGCCUUGCACAGUGCAGUCAAAAAUUCAUUGGGUUUUUUUCGCACAGUGCAAUCCAAUUUUUCGACUAACAUUCAUUCUGCACCGUGCAGCACGAAAAUUAUCCUAUUUUUUACCUUGCACCGUGCACUUCAAAAUUUGCCCUAUUUUUGGUUCCGCACAGUGCAAAAAAAAAUUUUUUUUAAUCUUUAUUAUUUUUAGAGUAAAUUCCUCCCACCACCUCUAAUGGUCCCAUUAGAGCUUAUUUUUGGCUACUUUGCUUUUCACGCAAUGAUAUUUUUGGCUCUGAUUUCUCCAAUCGCCGGUUCAAUCAAAGGAAUUUUUGGCAGAAAAGGUCUUCAGCUGUCGAAACACUUGGCCAAAAUGAGAACUGAAGUGAGAUUUUCUCUUUUUCUCACCUGUAUUUGCCUUGACUAGCCGUAUUUCGCAACAAGUGAUCGGUUUUUUGCAAUAAUUUACCUUGUUUUAGAUAUCUCUUGGUUUGCUCGCCAUUACCGCUGCUUUCCAUUGGUUGUGCGUUCCGGCUUGGAUGAAUUGGGGUGUGUGGCUUCGUCCUGCGAUCAAUAUUCGACCUCAAAUUGUAAGUUUGUGAUUUUUUAAAUGUUUUUGUAGUGAGGGGUAGACUUGACACAUUUUGUGUCAAGUGUUGCUUUCGGUAGAAUCAAAAGGUCUGAUGAAUCUUGAAGGCAAAAAAUAACGUAUUUUACAAAAAAAUUAGCAACAUAGUAAAAUUUUGAAAUUUUGGGUCAACUGUUUCUCUAAGGAUUGGACUGUUGAAAUUAUAGAUACACUUUGUGUCAACUGUUGCUUUCGGUAGAACCAAAAGCUCUGAUGAAUCAUAAAAGUAUGUACAUUGUAUUUUACGAAAAAAUUGAACAACAAUGUAACGUUUUGAAAUUUUGGGUCAACUGUUCCCCUGAGGAUUGGACUGUUAAAAUUAUUGUAAAAUACGUUGGUUGGAGCCAUUAUAGUGCUAUCUACUUUUCAUUCAGCUUUUUCGAACCAGAGGAACACUUGACCCAACUUUGGGUCAAGUCUUCCCCUCAAAGGAAAAUUUUAAGUUUUUGAAAAAAUUUCGAUUUAAAAUUAAAACUCAUGCAAUUUCAGACUCUAGUUCACCGUUGCAAGUCCGAACCCUGCCUUGGAUCAGCCGAAAAAAUCGAAAAUUCGGAGGCCCCAAGCAAAAGACGCUCAUUUUCGGCGAAUUUUGAGUCAAAUUACGACUUCGGAAUGAACCUCAGAUUCAAAAAUCCCGUCCUGGACAACCUCUUCGACCCCAUGGAUACGGUAACAACCGGUCUGGACGCAAUCGGCGGAUUGGGAGAGCCGAAUCAAGUGAAAUCUGAGGAGUCGGUGUAUGCGUCGGCCAGAUCGACCAGAUGGAGCAAAGAAAUGGUGGAAAAUGGCGAAGAUUCGAUGAUUUGA